UUCCAUCUCUUCCUUCCCCUCCAACACCAACACAAACACCACAAACGCUCACUCACUCACUCACCCACUCCGUCUCUCCGCGUGUCCUGCUCUGGCUCAAGCCGCCUCGGUCCGAGAGAGAUACACAUGGACUGUGGUCGUCUCCCCCCUCGCGCACAGGAGUAAUGGGCCAUCUACCACCGAGGAGGUGCAGGUGGUAGGGAGUGAGUGGAAGGCAGGGAGUCGCGCUUGAGAGACGAUGGGCAGCACUGCCAGAGGAAGACCGCCGCUAUUUUGUCUCGGCUUGUUGUUUCAGGAUGGUUCGUAAUGACGUGAGGUUAUCAAUCUUCGGUUGAGGAGGCUGUAACCAUGACAACAUCCACCCACCAGCUCCCCCCUAGCACAGCCCCAGCAGCAGCGGCAACCUCCAGGUUCCACAAUGACACCGGCUCCUGGCUGGUCGUGCUCGUAUACUGUGCCCACGUGCUACCCAAGCGGUCUGCUGCCAGACACCAGACCAAAGACGAGUGGGCUGACGUCACCAGCAGGCAGCGAGCUCUGGAGGAGAUUUUGGAAGGCGUCUCACAGUUCCGAUCCCCCACCCUAGCCCUUCACGAACCCUCCUCCCCCAACCGUCCGUUGCUCAGCAUUCUGGCACGUGAUCUAGUGGCGCGUGCUGUAAGGUCCCAGGAGUCCUCAUCUCCUCCUCCGGCCCACAAUCUCACUGCGAGACCAGACUCUCUUCUCACUCUCAGGAACACUCUCCACCGGAUACAGGCCUGGAACAACACUUCAGGUGGUUUGUCCAGAGCUCACUCUUUGCUUCCAACACAUCACGUGCAAUGCAUAAACACGAUAGCUCAAGCGUUCUCAGCGGAGCCUCAGUUGCUUCAACGUUUGGACGUAGAAGACAGACGGCAAAACAAAAUCUCCACGAACAGACGUGACAGCCGACGAAUGUUUGAGGUUCUAAACGGUUACAUUCCCGGAAUCUCCCACACAGAAACAGCUCUCUCCUCUCAAGGCAGAAGCAAGCGUACGUUUAAGAGAGAUAGGCGAUUAAAACUUGUAGAUAAAAGGAUGUUGCGCAGGUAUUACGAAAGCCGUUAUUUAGCCUGGCCCUACGACAAGAAAGUCUUUGUCUACGGCAAAGACGAUAGACGCAGGAUUUACCCUCCUCUACUGCGAAAAUUCCCGUAUUCAAAUAUAGUGCGUCUUUCCACCGGGUGCACGGGCACGCUAGUCACUCCCUUCCACGUCAUCACAGCCGCUCACUGCGUGCAUGACGGGAAGGUAUACCGGGAGAAUAUGGAGAUGCUGAAAGUCCAAAUUCCUGACACGAUGGUCGGUCGCGUGUACUAUAUCGAGAAGAUCAUGAUCCCUGGACAGUGGCUAUCUUCACGCGGCUACCUGGAGCAACAGGCCGGCUGGGACUACGCCGUGGUCACUCUCAGCUAUGGCGUCCACGGACGCUCCCAGUUCUCGCCCCUGUCUGUCCCCACGGCGGCGGUGCUCCGUCACAACCUCCAGUUUCUCGGCUUUCCCUAUCACGGGCAUGGAUUGUGGCAGUCCAUUUGCCCUGCCAAAUCCAACAAAGCAAUGGUGGACGGCAACCUGAUCCUGACCCGCUGCGACUCCUCGGUGGGCAACUCCGGAGCGGCCGUCCUCACCGACGAUUCCCGGGAAGCCAGCAAGAUCAUCGGAGUCCUCUCCAACACCAUGCCCGUCGGACGUCCGCCUUUCUUCGCGCGCUUCAGCGUCAUCGCCGCUCUGACCUGGGACAAACUCUACGACAUCUGCGAGGAGAUCGGGAAGAUCGGAGUGGACUAUAACGUGUGCCCGCCUCUCUCCAGCAUACCCCGACAUCGUGGACACAGCAUGCAGUACAAUGUUAUUCCGUUUUUUGGCUGAUGUUCUCUCCAAUUUAUUCCCCUACCCCCACCCCCCACCCCACCCUACCCCGCCCCCGUGCCCACUGUUCUCAUGUAAUAUGAUUAUGUGAUUGAAUUCAUGGACUAGAUCGAA